AUGAUACGUUUUUGUAUCUCACAGGUGAAGGAGAUGGCCAGCAAGCACCACCCCAACCUGGUGCGCCUGCUGGGCUUCUGUGCGAACUACGAUUCAAGCACGGGCAGGAUUGAGCAAGUGCUCGUGUAUGAGUUCAUGGCGAACCGAGACUUGGAGACCUGGAUUGAACCAAGAGCUCCAAGCCACCUCUCUCUGUUGCAACGACUGGAUGUUUUGAUUGGAGUGGCAAAGGGGCUGCAAUAUCUUCAUGACUUUGGCAUUGUGCAUCGCGACAUCAAGCCAGCCAAUAUUCUCCUUGGUGCAAAAAUGCAGGCCAAGAUUGCAGACUUUGGACUGGUGAAACUCACUGAGACCACUGCUAUGGGCAUGUCUGUGGCUGCCACUCGAGUGAUGGGAACACCGGGCUAUGUGGACCCUGCCUACUACAAGUCUCACAAGGCUACUCCAGCAGCAGAUGUGUACAGCUUUGGUGUGGUGAUGCUGGUGGUCAUCUCAGCACGCAAGGCUGUGCAUGUGAGCGAGACCAGCCAGAUCAGCCUGAGGCAAUGGAUCGCCCCGUUCGUGGAGUCAGAUGCCGUAACAAUGUUCAAGGACCCAUACUUAGACGCACCAGACGACUUGGUGCUGCGCUGGGCUCGCCUUGCGCUCUCCUGCACCGCCAUGCCUGCAGUCACCCGCCCCUCCAUGAAUCAAGUGCUGGGAGAGCUGGUGAAAUUGAAGCAAGAGGCGUUCGGAGCACAUGUGGGCGAUGCCAUGUCUCGCAUCAACAUGGAGAGUGGGAGUUUUAUUGGCUCCUCCAGCUUCACUGCUGAAAUGGCCCGUGCAGAGCAAGAGGGCAUGCAGAGUGACUCCGCAACCAGCGUGACAUAG